AUGGAGUUUCAUCCUUACCUUUACAUUCUCUGCAUAAUCCUGUUCUCACACGUGUUUCCUGAAUCAGCUAACUGUCAACAAGUAUACCUCAACAGCACUGUCUAUGACUGCUCUCAGAACCCUUCUGCACCAAAAGGAUACCUCUGCAAUGGCCUUCAAAACUCAUGCACUUCCUUCUUGGUUUUCAGGUCCAAAUCUCCCUAUGACAACCCUGUAAACAUUGCCUACCUUCUUGGCUCUGAAGCAUCUACCAUAUCUUCAAUCAACAACAUCUCAAGAGAUGACAAGAUUCCUUCCAAUAAGUCAGUUAUUGUUCCUGUAUUCUGUUCAUGUUCUGGAAAUAUCUACCAGCAUAACACACCUUACACUGCCACCAAGAAUGACACCUACUUCAAGUUGGUUAAAGAAACUUACCAAGGCCUCACCACCUGCCAAGCACUGAUGGGUCAGAAUUACUAUGCCUCUGAUGACAUUAGAGUUGGUGCUGAGCUCACAGUUCCAGUAGUAUGUGCUUGUCCAACUGAAAAUCAGACAGCAAGAGGCGUCACUUCCUUGCUGGUUUACUCAGUGAACAAUGGUGAUACUAUUAAGUCCAUUGGAGAGGCUUAUGGUGUUGAAGUACAAAGUAUGCUAGAGGCCAAUGGGUUGUCAGUGCCACCAAGUGCAGAGAACGACAUAAUCAUCUAUCCCACAACUCCUAUCUUGGUUCCUCUUAGUGGGAAGAGUUGCAAAGAGGACCCAAAUAAUUUCUAUUGUACUUGCUCCCAUGGAAGGGCUGAGGCUGGAAUAGGGAUCCAAUGUAAUGAAUCUGAUGAUAAAAAAUUUCCUACCAAAUUGGUCGCUUCAUUAGGCGUUGGAAUUGGGGCAGGCUUUGUGUGUUUAUUUCUUUUGGGGUACAAAUCAUAUCAAUACAUUCAGAAAAAGAGAGAAAUUAUUCGAAAGGAAAACCUAUUCAGGAAAAAUGGUGGUUACUUGUUACAAGAUAAGCUCUCGUUUUAUGGAAAUGGAGAAAUGACAAAGCUGUUUAAAGCUGACGAGUUACAGAAAGCAACAGAUAACUACAACAGAAGUAGAUUUCUUGGUCAGGGUGGCUUUGGCACUGUAUAUAAAGGAAUGCUACCAGAUGGAAACAUUGUUGCAGUUAAAAAGUCAAAAGAGAUUGAAAGGAACCAGAUAGAGACUUUUGUCAAUGAAGUGGUGAUUCUAUCCCAGAUCAACCACAGGAACAUUGUCAAGCUCUUUGGUUGCUGUCUUGAGACAGAAACUCCUUUAUUAGUCUAUGAAUUCAUUCCCAAUGGAACACUUUCUCACCAUAUCCACAGGAGAGACAAUGAGGUCUCCCUUUCAUGGGACAGUCGUCUUAGGAUUGCAUGUGAGGUUGCUGGAGCAGUGGCAUAUAUGCAUUUUGCAGCUUCUAUUCCCAUCUUCCAUAGAGACAUCAAACCUACCAACAUACUUUUAGACAGCAACUUCAGUGCCAAAGUGUCUGAUUUUGGAACAUCAAGAUCAGUGCCACAAGAUAAGACUCACUUGACCACAGCUGUAGGAGGAACUUUUGGGUACAUAAACCCUGAAUAUUUUCAGUCUAGUCAGUAUUCAGAUAAAAGUGAUGUGUAUAGUUUUGGGGUAGUGCUUGUAGAGCUCAUAACUGGGAGAAAGCCUAUUUCAUUCUUAGAGGAAGAUGAGGGUCAGAAUCUGGUUGCACAGUUCAUUUCUCUGAUGAAGGACAACCAGGUUUAUGAAAUUUUAGAUGCCAGGGUGGCUAAGGAAGCAAGGAAAGAUGACAUUCUUGCCAUUGCAAACCUUGCAAUGAGAUGCUUGAGACUUAGUGGGAAGAAAAGGCCAACAAUGAAAGAGGUUGCAUUGGAAUUAGAAGCAUUGAGAAACGUGCAAAGUUCCUUGCAGAUCAACCAUGAUCAUGAGUGCACAACUAGUGACAUAGUUCAAGAAUGCACAGAGGAAAGCAUACCACUGUGUUUCCAACUAGAGUCCACAUCCUUUUAG